AUGGAUUCGGACACAACAUCGCUAGUUCUAGAUAGAGCAUUUUCGAUUUUGAUAGAAGACCAACCGUACUGCGCGCUGCGCUAUAGGCGCCUUUGUCAGGGCAAGGGUCACCAUGUUGCCUGUCAAUUCCCUUCACCCGAACCCGGACUCUUCUGUCAGAAUUACUCUCAUAUCAAUUUCACGAACGAUUUGAAAUACUACGUCGUUCACUAUAUCAACAGACGUCGUCAGCGCAUCGCGGCAGGAAAUGAACGAGUUCGUGGUGGGGCACGUCUUCCCAAACCUCAGAUUAUGAUGUUAGUCACUUGGGAUCGCGAGUUGGCUCAGUUGGCUCAACGGCUAGCCGACCAGUGCCAAUUUGUUCACGACGAUUGUCGGGCUACUGUUCGAUAUCCCUACGCCGGUCAAAGCGUCGGCGAGGUUCGUUGGCGUCGUUCCAGUGACUCGGACGAGUUGAGCGCUCAACGUGCGAUCCGUCGCGUACUAGACGCCUGGUGGGGUGAGCGGAGAAGAGUGACUCCUCAACAACUAACUGCACCUUUUAGACUUACUGCUAAAGGAACAAUUUGGGGUCAUUUUAGUCAACUAGCUGUUUGGAAUCUCCGUGCGAUUGGAUGCGGAGCAGUCCGCCACGGGUCUGAAUAUACUCGGAUGCUGUUGGUCUGUGACUUCUCUCACACCAACAUGCUCGGUCAGAGGACGAUCACUCCAGGACCUCUUAUUGCUUGUCCAAUGCACACUAUCAGGCGGCCAAGAACUGCUUAUCCACUGCUUUGUGCUCCAGUAAAACGACCAAAAGAAAAUCUUGAUCAUGAACAAUUACAUGAUUACGAAGAUCAAGAAUAUGAAAUUGACGAUAGUAAUGAUGAAAAUCAUAUUUCAAAAACAGAAGUCCAAGAAACUACAAAAACUAGAAGAAUUACUAAGACAACAGAGGAAACAACUACAACUUGUAGACAUCUGAAAGCAACAUCAUUAGAGGGACGAGAUAAAUCUAUAAUGACUGUUAACCCUAGAAUAGACUAUUUUGUCAGCUUGGACAAAGAAUCUACUCGUCGCGUGAUCGAUAGAUUACAAUAUGAACUCGAAAUCAACAAUAACGAAAAAGAACAACUUACUAUGAAGAAAUACCACCAGUGGGUUUCAAGGAGACCCAAUUUUGGACGUCUGAGAGAAAAACAAGAACAAAUAUGGGAACAUAAUGCACAAAACAAUUUCUUUGCACAUGAUGGCGACCAAACUGAUCACGAAUAUAACAAGAUAUUCAUGACAAAGAAAGAUCAUAUUUCUACUCUGUUACAGGAAACAAACUUGAGGCAAAAAUGGAAAAAGACGAGAAAAAGACCACAGAGGCCCGGUGUGAACGCGCUCUUGAACAGACCGCCAGAGAAACAGCUGAAACGAUUAUCUUUGAGCUCUUUGAAUUUAGAUCAAGAUGACCUGGACCAGCUAUUUCGUGAUACCGGUUUCAAUGUGAACUGGAGGAAGGAAUCGUCUUCUCAAUAAAUUAAUAAUUAAAUCUUUUAUACUUU